AUGUUGCUGGUGGGUGAUCCGGGGACAGGAAAGUCUCAGUUCCUUAAGUACUGCUCCAAACUCGUACCCCGUUCUAUAGUGACCACAGGCGCUGGUACCACUAGUGCAGGGUUGACUGUGGCGGCCGUGAAGGAUGGAGCUGAGUGGUCGCUAGAGGCGGGUGCGCUUGUGCUUGCGGAUGGGGGUAUCUGUUGCAUCGACGAGUUUGCCAGCGUGCGCGAGGCCGAUAGAGCGACUAUACACGAGGCUAUGGAACAGCAGACGAUCAGUGUGGCAAAGGCCGGGAUGGUGUGUAAGCUGAACACACGCGCUACAGUGCUGGCUGCGUGCAACCCCAAAGGUCCGUACGACGACAGCCAAGACCUGACUACAAACACAGCAAUAGCCUCUCCGUUGUUGAGUCGGUUUGAUAUAGUGCUGGUGCUGCUGGACAGCCCCAACCGCGAAUGGGAUGACUAUGUGUCGUCGCACAUACUCGAGGGCAUGAUGAAUAUCGGUCGAGACAUGGCAGAUGAAUCGCAAGACGAGGAUUUGCCGCAGGAGCCGAUUUGGAGCCUUGAAAAGCUGCAGAUAUACGUGGCGAUGGCCAAGUCACUGCAUCCCAAGAUAUCACGCGAGGCAGAAACCAUCCUGAUAGCCUACUACCAGAUACAGCGUCAGGCGGAUCAACGCAACGCAGCACGCACUACGAUUCGUUUGUUGGAGAGUAUGGUACGACUGGCGCAGGCACACGCGCGUAUCAUGUUGAGAGAAUGCGUCACACAACAGG